CCCUGUGUCCGCUGGAUGAUGUUACACGGCAUCCCGUUACCACUGCUCCUCUAGGACAACUUUCACCGAGAAUAACUUUACAUAUAUGUAUAUUAUUAUUAUUUAUAAGUAAGAAAACGCUACCUUCAUGUGUGUGCUGCAGUGACAAAGAUGGCAGGUAGGAGCAGGCUGCUGCCCUGUGCGUGUCUGGGGCUGUUUGGUGUUCUGUGCUGGGUCUGGGUCUCCUUUGCCUCCUUUCCUGAUGACCGGCUUCACCUGGAGACCCUGGACGCGGUGGACCGGGGAGCUUUCCAGCCCCAGAGUGCUCUGUCAGACAUGGAGUUUGCCUCUGUCGCUACCUACAGAGGACCUGGCAACGCUGACCGCCGCAGUAACAAGGAGCUGCCCAUUCUCCUCUGGUGGAGCGGGGGGCUGUUCCCACAUUUUCCUGGUGACACUGAACGCAUCGACUGCUCCACGUCCUCCUGCCUGGUCACAAGCAAUCGCAAGGUCCAGCUGUACAAGCGGACAACAUCCAUCAUCUUUUAUGGGACAGACUUCAGGGCAUAUGAGGCACCGCUCCCUCGUCUCCGCCACCAGACCUGGGCGCUGUUCCAUGAAGAGUCACCCAUGAAUAACUACUUCCUCUCUCACGGACCAGGAAUCCGGCUGUUCAAUUACACCGCCACAUUUAGCAGGGAGUCGGACUAUCCUCUGACCCUGCAGUGGCUGCCCUCGCUGGAAUACCUGCUGGAGCCUGUAGUCGUGCCCCUGGAGGAGAAGAACCGCCUGAGGAGGGAGGGUCUGGCUCCUGUGCUCUAUAUGCAAUCUCACUGUGACGUACCGUCAGACCGAGACAGAUACGUCCAGGAGCUCAUGAAGUACAUUGAGGUGGACUCGUACGGGAAAUGCUUGAACAACAAACCUCUACCUCAGCAUCUGGAGGACACAGCCACUGCCACUGGCGAAGAACCCAAAUUCAUGAAUUUUGUUGCGCGCUACAAGUUCCACCUGGCACUAGAGAAUGGCCUGUGUCCAGAUUACAUGACAGAGAAGCUGUGGCGGCCUCUCCAUCAGGGCUGUGUGCCCGUCUAUCGAGGCUCCUCGGGGGUGGCAGACUGGAUGCCCAACGAUCACUCUGUGAUCAUCAUAGAUAACUUCCCCUCACCGAAAGCUCUCGCUGACUUUCUCAAACACCUCGAUGAGAACGAUGAUGAAUACAGCAAAUAUUUAGAGUUCAAAAACCACAGGCACAUUACUAACGCUCAUCUGCUGGAGGCACUGGAGACCCGUGAGUGGGGGGUAAAUGACAUGAGUAAACCCAACUACUUGAAUGGAUUUGAGUGCUAUGUGUGCGAUCAGGAGAAUGCACGAUUAGCAGCAGAGCGAGCAUAUAGGAAAGCCCCCAAGAAAAAUCCCCCUCCUGAGCCUAAAAUGGCCAGUAACUCUCAUGUGGGAUGCCCACUGCCCAGACCGGGGUACGGAGACGUCCAAGAUUUACCUGCAAACGAUGGAUGGUUGCAAAUAUGGCCUCAGGAUUACUGGCAGAGCCUCGACCAAGCGGAGGGGCUGGAGUCUCUGAUAAGACAUAACGAGUCAGACCCUUCUCUGCUGUGGAAGCACAUCCAAAACAUUGCUGUGAGCAGAGCCAGAGGAAAACACUGACACAGGCCUCGAAACAAACAGAUGAUGGAGCAUGUCCAGGAUUACAGGGGUGUCACAUAUUAUGCAUCCCCUCUGUUUAAAUGAGGGAAUGAAGCGGACAUUACUCAUAUUUUUGCACCUGAGCCAAAACCUCUUUUACCCUUGUGAGUAGUUUAGUUAUACUAGAACAGAUUCGGAUUUGUUAUUCAGCUGACAUGAUACUUUUGUCACUAUCCCAGGUCCAGUAAUGGGAAAAUAAUGUUUUAGGGCGUUACAUGCUAAUAUUUUCAACUUGUUUUAUUGCCAUAACUGAGGUGCCAUUAUUGCCUCUACUCCGCCUUGGUUUGUUAGCGUUAACUGCACACCGAGCAGUUAUUCCAGAGAGGCACAUUCUCAUGGGAUGCAGAUUUUCAUUGGACUGGGGCAGAGCCAAAGACUUGUCCUCUGUAGCAAGGCAGCUCUGCCUAACUGUGUGUGAAGACCAUCAAGACAGUAGCCAGUGAACUGCAUUAGCUUCUUUACAGUUACUCAGCAGGUAGCUGCUGGCUAUCAGCUAAAGUCACAUUUAUGUAAACAGCUUUUCUAAGUGACUAUGCAAGGAAAACAUUUCACUAAGGAGUGGAGAAAGGCGAAUGUAAAGUUGAGCACAACAUCCCCGUGGAGGAAAAUCUUCACUGUAUUUGUAAAAUAGUUCUCUGGAAGAACUGAGCUCUGAGUAUUUGUGGUAGACACUUUAGAAUAUUGCCCUGACUAUUUUCUGUUACAUCCUGCAAAAAUCAUGUUUAUGUGCAAUAAUUCCAACCAUGCGUUUUCUAAAACUCCACGACGAUCUUGUGUAUCCACUAGCACACUACUUUUGUAUUCCAUGUUUGUACCAGGAUUAUAGAAAUCACUUUAUUUUGUUAACAAAGCAUCAUGUGAACACACUAUUUUGUAUCAAGAAGAAGCAAAAGAAGUAAACAUUUUGUAACAAA